AUGAACUUCGGGAUUGACAGAAUGACACGCUCGCAUAAAGUCAAUGAUCGUGAUCACUCUGGCGCCCAGGAUACAACGGCAGCUCCUAACGAGAAUAUACCCCGCUAUUUUGGUAAAUCCGGUCCUAUCGAUGCCGACCCUCGGAAGACCAAGAAAAACGGUGGAGGUAAAGGAAACUGGGGUCGUUCGGGCGAAGAAGUCCAUGACUACGAAUAUAGCUUCAUGAAUAGCCGGCGUCACUCGAAUAGCAGCAUCCAGGGCAUGGCAGGCUUCAAGACCAAAUUCGAAACAGUCGAGCCGGAACCUGUCUUUGAAGAGGACUUGCAUGGACCUUCGACUGAAAACACCAUCGAUGAGGCCCCUGUAGCCAAGAUUGACAGUGUCAGUAGCGGCAAUACUGGUAGUGUUGAGGCCGAGAAAGUUGCUGACCAGAACUCCGCGGUGAACUGA